GGGACCCCACAAUUAUGCACGAGAAAUGAAGAUUUUCAUGAGAGAUGGUUGUUGGUCGCGCCAUUUCAAUGGGCGCUUUCAGACAGGGUUAAAAAAUACGAGUUACAUUGCAUAUUUGAUCACGCAUUGAUGAAUUUCUGGGGAAUUAGUUGCAUGAACAACGAUGGCGAGGGUCCCGUCGGUCAUCUAGACCGUUUGGUACUCAUUGUGCAUGCUAAUUUGGUAAGCCACCAACUUCCUCGUCACAGCGAUUGUCAGACGUUUGAUACCGUGAAUGUUAGUGCGUGCUCGCACUCGGACCUCAAUUCACCGAGCACCCUCGUAAAUGCGUCGAGUCGUUCGGUUCAGAGGGUUUCUUUCCUCGUUGGCUCACCCAAGGAAGGAACGCAUGUAGGCAUACAAGGUAAACUGGUUUUUGUGUCGCGGGUCACACCGGCGGAAGAGCGUGUGACCCGGAGCGUGAAUCCGAUUCCGAUUCCAACGGUAACCUCUUUCUUGGCGUUGGUCUACCAACAUUUCGGGAUUACUGUAUUACCUUUUAUGGGUUCUUUCUGGGAGACUGAUUUUCGAGUGGCACUUCAUUGGUUUCGAUUGUGGUCACAGAAAAUCGGGAAAAAAGAAGGUGGACCAAUUUUACUAAUUAAAAGUUUGUGA